CAGUGGAGACUGCAGAGCUGGCGCAGGAACCACACACUCAGCAAACACUUUGGAAUCUCACUGGAAUGUCGGCACUGUGUAACCGUUAUCUUGGAACUGGUAUUUUUUCAGUUCAGUUUUGUAUUUGGAAUUCAGCAUUGGUGUGAGCGUUGUGAGACUGCGGUAGUGCUGGUUGUGUGGGAUUCCCAGCCAAAAAGCUGCAUUCCUUCACAGGCUCCGCCAACAGCUGUCCCAGCAAGACUGCAGGCAGCGCGCAGGCGAGAGGAGGGGAAUGGGACCGAGUGCGGACGCAGUGAGUUCAUCAGCGCAGACCUACAGCGGAGACCGUUCCAGAGCAGGAUCCAAAGAAUAAGAAGAGACGGUCCAACUUGUAGCGUUCAUUUGUUGGAUUUUAGCAUGUCUUUUCAGGAGCUUCAAGGCUCUUUUGGAGCGUUCUCACAACCCACGAAAGCGGAGCGCAGUCGGAAUAAAGAGCGACUGCAGGCCAGCCUGGCAGGCUUAUGUGAGCUAGAGCUUCUCAAACAGAGACAGGAAAGCAGGGUGCUGAGCGCUCUUGGCAUCGCGGACCCUCCGUCUACCGGGCGCCCGCCUUGGGGAGCUCUGUGCUCCGAACUCUGCGGUAUGGACGCGUCAAACGGGAGGGAGAGCUAUGGUCUCAAACCCCACACUAGCAGUCUGCAGUGCACUCCCUGGGGUUUAAGGGUGUCUUUAGAACAGCAGGUGGCAGAGCUGAAGGUGAAUAGUGAGGUCAAAUCAACAGAUUCCACUGAUCUGGAUUCCAGCCAACUCAUUUCAGGAAAGGUCUUUAUAGCCAUGCAAAAUGGAUCUCCUGGAAUUAAUUGCUACCCUGUGAUCCCACGUUCCAGCUCAGCCCCUGAGGGGAGUGGUGAGAUAGAGAUGAAAGAAACAUAUAUGUCAGCCCUAACCAGACAUGCCAUGGUUACUGGUGCUUUAGGGACCCUGAGGGAUGCUGACCACGGUCUUUAUGAUUAUCAACAACCCCAGAAAGUUGAAACUUACAUAUUUGGACUGAUUCAACGACGCGCUCUACCCACACGACCCUCGAAGCCUCGUACCAGCCUGGCACAUGAUGCCCGAGUUGUUAAUGUGGUAAAGCAGAGUAGCUUGUGCCAGAAGGAUGAGCAACAUUCACCAAAGCAGGUGUCAGUUCAAGAGAUCAUUGCACCCUCCCAGUGGUCAGAAAGAACUGCUUCACAGGCUGUCCAUAACCUAGAUCAGGAGCAAUACCUUAGGAUAGGGUCUGCUGAAGAUCCACCACCCCCAUAUCAUCAUCAUCUCCAGCAAAAGGGGCCUUAUACCAAACCCAAACAAGCCUCCAUAAUGUCACUUGACUGUCCAUCUUGUAGAGAUGUCCAACCAGACUCUAGCACUACUGAGACUGACUUACCCCGACAUGUCCCCGACUACCACUCCCCUCCAGCAGCAAAGUCUACUCAGCCAUCUUCUCCUGAAGAUCAUCUGGUCAGUGCAGAGUAUAUUCCAGCUCAGCCUUGUCGAACCUCCAACCAAGCUUAUGCACAUCACCACAACAACCACCACAAGGGCCCUGGGGUGUCCAAAUCCAGCCAAUGUGCAUACUCUCCAGAAAGAGUCUAUCAUCAGGAGCAGCAACCCAUGCCUUUUCAUAGCCAACCCCCAAAAUACAGAGGAGGCCCAAAGAAAUGCAGAUCAAAUGAAGACAGAAGUGGUGCCAGCAGAAAGCCAGGGAAGAAGGCAUGUAGGUCUCAGUCAGAGAACAGCUUGCAAAGGUUUCCAGAGCGCAAGUUUAAUACAGUAGAGAGGGAUGGUGCAGGAAGUGGAAACACUGGGAGGGUAAGCCGUAGUAGUCAACCCAGGAGCAAAAAGCAGCAACAGGGAAGUGGUAGCUACAGGAGAUGGCUGUCCACCUUGGAGCUCAGCCAAGAUGAAACUGAUCAGCCACCUAUACAAAUACCUAUGCAAAGCUUUUCAACAUCAAACCAAAACUAUUGCCUUAGGCGCACACGCAAGUCUCGUCCUACACAUGCAUCAUAUGCUUACCCACACCACAAUCACAGCCACCACCACCACUUCCACCAUCAUCACUAUAUGGAAUAUCAGUUGGAAAGGGACCAAGUGCAACUGUGUCAGCCAGUUAAUGACUAUGCACACCCAGGUCAGGUUGAGUCUGAGUCAAGCAUGAGUGAAGCUGACUCUCCAGAUUCCAGCUCUUUGUCCAGUGACUCAGAUGAAAGUGGUGGUCUGGUAUGGCCGCAACAAUUACCCCCAAGACUUUCCUUCCCAUCACCUCUUACUCCAGCUGGAGCACCUCUGCAGCCUAAAGCUUUUGUCAAGAUAAAAGCCUCACAUGCCCUUAAAAAAAAGAUCUUGCGCUUCCGCACUGGUUCACUGAAAGUAAUGACCACUGUAUAAGGUGAAAUGAAGGUCAACAUGAAAGAAAAAGACGCAGGCAUUGGCAUUAUAUAGAAUGAUGACAAAGAUGUAUGUGUACAUUGAAGUACAAAUAACAUGUGAGUGAAUAAAGUUAGGACUUAAAUUUGUUUCAGAUUAGCAAUGAAGGAAAUGGCUGCCACCAUAUUAAUCUCUGUUUUUAAGGUAAGCUGCAAAUUUAUAAUAGAGAUUUUACCAGAAGUCUUAAAUAGUGACUCAUGCUUUAUCUGUUCUUUGGCCAAAUUAGCCCCCAAAUACUCCCACACAUGCACGUGUACAACCAACAGUGUCUUUAGGGUUAUACCGAAUUGUAUGUCUUCCUUUUAAUUUUCAACCAAAUACAAAUUAAAAUUAUAAGGUGACUGAUGCAAGACUGUUUUGGUAUUCUUGUGAUCUCUAACCUACACAAGGUCAAAAUUUUAUAUAUUCUGGCUCAAAUAUAUUCAUGCACCCCACCCCACCCCACCACCUCCACCUAUACUUGGUUAAAUGUCCCUUAGCAAGUUGCAACUUGACCAUAAACUUUUGGUAGCUAUCAGCAAGCAUCUGGCAUAAUUCAGGUUUGGUAUUUGACCUUUCCUUUUGGAAAAAUGUCAAAUGUUCUUUUACAUUGGUUGGUUUCCUGGCAAUGCACUAGCUUCUAAACAUACUCCACAAAGUUUUUAAAGUGUUGACGUUGGGAAGGCCAUUCCAGAAGCUUAAUGUUAGCCUGUUUUAUCUAUUCCAAAACCAGUUUUGAUGUUGGAACAUCCACUUGUGUCCAAAUUUCAACCAUCUAGCUGUUGAUUUGAGAUGAAGGGAAAGAAUUUGGAGGAAGCCCUCCUUCUUCAUUAUUCCAUCCACUUUGUGCAAGGUACUAGUACCACUUGCAGCUUGACAGCUGGUACAGUGUACUUAAGUUUCAAACAUACUUUACUCCUCCAAACACAGCUGUUGUCAUUGUGGCCAAAAAGCUCAAUCUUUGUCUCAUUUGACCAUCUUGAGAAAUCAUUUGGCUCGUCCAUGUGGGCAGCUGUAAUUUGUACCUGAGCUUGAAGAUGCCAAUUUUGGAGCAGGGACUUCUUUCUUGUUGGCACCCUUCGGUCCAGCUCACUUCACUGUGGACAAUGACACUGGUGUUCCAGCAGUUUCCAUUUCAUGGCAGGUUUGAGCCUUGUUGGUUCUUGGGUUGUUUCUGAAUAUCCAAAUCAAUUUCCCGUCAUCUGACGGUGACAGUGUGGGUCUUCUUCUAAACCUUGCCAAAGUGGUGAUACAUCCAAAUAACUUGUACCUGUGUACAAUCAUUGAAUUUGGAAUCUUGUGCAAACAUACAAUUCUCCUUCUUGGAUUUUCAUUGAGUUUUACUGUCAAACAAAUCAUUUUAAUGCUGGCAAAGACAAACGACACGAUGUAUUCAAUCAUGAUCACCAACAGGAACUUAACAGGCCUUGUCAAGUUAAAAGACAUUGUAGAACCUUCAGCACCACUUAU